GUUGCACAACAAUGGUUUGUAAAAAAAAAUUCUUGAAGAAUGGAAAAUUUUUUUGGAACGACGACAAUCUUGAUGCCGUUGAAGACAUGAUAGAUGACGAAUUGUUACAAGAAAUUAUGCAAGAAUCGACGUUAGAUGAAUCUAAUGGACUUAGACGAAGAUGA